CAUCUUUUCUCUCAUAACACUCUUUCCUCUGGCUAGCUCCACAUCCAAACAUGACUCUCUUCAACCACCAAGGUCUCUUGGUUGCUCUUUCAAUUGUACAUUUUCUUGCCACCUCAUUCCCUUCAGUUUCAGCUAUAUCAUUUCCCACUCCCAAUCAUGGCUCAUGGGAUGAAUUCACUACUUACACCCGUGGCCACAACUACAAAGGCUUAUCCAACGUCAAAAACUACUUCCACCAUCUUGGCUACAUCCCUAACCCUAAUGCACCACCUUUGGACGACAAAUUCGACGACACCCUCGUAUCCGCCAUCAAAACAUUCCAAAAGAACUACAACCUUGACAUCACCGGCAAGCUCGACAACAACACUCUCCGACAACUCACGACGCCCCGCUGCGGCGUUCCUGACAUAAUCAAUACAAACACCACGACACAACACACUCAGCUUCACAUUCACACGGUCUCCCACUACUCCUUCUUCAACGGCGCGCCGCGGUGGCCGGCGGGAACAAGACAACUCACGUACGCGUUCUCCCCGGAGCUGAAUCUCAACAGCGCCGCCAAAAGCUUGUUUGCAAGGGCCUUCAACAGGUGGACGCAAGUGGUGAACAUUGCAUUCUACGAAAUAGCAUCAUCAUCGUAUCAAACGGCAAACAUUAAGAUUGCGUUCCUUAGUGGGGACCACAAUGAUGGGCUUCCUUUUGAUGGGCCGCUUGGGGAGUGGACCCAUGCAUUCGCUCCCACCAACGGGUGGUGCCACUUCGACGCCGACGAGUACUGGGUGGCGUCCGGUGACGUCACGCAAUCGCCGGUGGCGCGUGCGGUUGACCUUGAAUCCAUAGCAGUGCACGAGAUUGGACACUUGCUAGGGUUACACCACUCGUCGGAUCAGAGAGCCAUCAUGUAUGCUUAUUUACCACCUCGUACUAGGAAGGUCAAUCUGGCGCAAGAUGAUAUAAAUGGGAUUCGACACCUCUAUGGUCUCUAGAUGCUCCUCAAUGAGCAUGAAUAAGAAUAUAUAUAACAUAUUGGUCAUACAAUAAAUAAUAUAUAGCCAACGCC